UUUUGGCAGAGGAAAGAGAAAAUUGGGAAAUUCCUUCCGAAGAUGCUCUGCUGGCUCGGUGACGCCUUGACUGGCACGCGUGUCUUGUGAAAGGACCAGGGGUGGGUAUCUGUUGGGAAAGUCCCUUCGAGGGCUUUCCCAGGGACUUAUGAAACCGACUCCCUACCCAGAGAACCUCAGCAUUUAAGCAGCAUUUAAAAAGGACCUUCUUUGGGGACCAGAUAAGAGAUCUGAGAUCUUGCUGCAGCCAAGCUGCCCUCAAGAUGAUGAGCUGCUUUUGGAGAAUCUUGUUUGUCCUUGGCUUUUCUGCAGCCGCCGUUGCUCUGGCCCCAGAGCGAGUGGAGCUCAGCUACGAGGAAGCCGUUUCCUUAACCGCUGAACUCUACAGCCAAAAUGCAGAGGUGGCUUUUGCCUUCCGGCUCCUGGAAGCUAAGCCACAGCCAGACUGGGUAAGUGAGCGGCUGGAUCCGCUGUGUCGUGCAGAGUGCGCUCCGCUGAACAGUACUUGACUUGGGACCUUAUGUGACUUGGGGCCAACCGGUGCCGCCCUGCCUCGGUUUUCUUCUGUAAAAUGGGCCCGUUAACUAUACUCUGGUAUAUUCUAAAAGGUAAAUGGACACCUGAGCCUUAGGUCCAGUCGUGGCCCACUCUGGGGUUGAGGCGCUCAUGUCGCUUGCUAGGCCGAAGCAGACGGCGUACAGCAUCCGGGUCAUGUGGCCAGCAUGACUAAGCCGCUUCUGGCGAACCAGAGCAGCGCACGGGAACACCGUUUACCUUCCUGCCAGAGCGGUAACCUGUUUAUCUACUUGCACUUUGACGUGCUUUCGAACUGCUAGGUGGGCAGGAGCUGUUGUGGGGAUUCAAACCGCUGACCUUCUGAUCGGCAAGUCCUAGGCUCUGUGGUUUAACCCACAGCGCCACCUGCCUCCCUCUGGUAUAUCCUACACUGGAUUAUUGCGAUGCUCGCCAGUGCUCAUGUAUAUGUUUCUGUGUCUGUGUAUGAUUUUAAUAGCAUCAAACAGGACCAAUACUAGGCUUUAUUUCACCCGGGUCAAAGACCCCCAAAAACCAACUAGCAAACCCUCCCCCCGGGUAGGUACGUCUCUGGCAUGAAAUCACACAAAUUCUGUAUAGCAUACAACCUAACUUGUUCUAUUUCAGUUUGUAAAAUUUAUAUACUGCCCAACCGUGGAAAACCUCAGUGCUGUUUAUAGAAAGGAUAAAACAGCAAGAUCAAUCCCUCAAAACAUUUAAGACAUUUAUUUUUUUCUUUUUGGGAAAAGAAAACAGCCAUAAACUACAAAACAUGCCAGCAGUUUAAAUUUCUAGGUUGGGCUGUCGUGAGUCAAAAUGGGCACGUCCUUCACAUUGAGCUGCCUCGAUGCAAACAAUUAAUAAUAAUAAAAUGCAAGGCAUUUGUCUAAGUUUGAUUGGAAGCCAAUUCUCACAGUGGUUCUAAAGCGGAGCUGUUCCACUUGGCACCGGUUCAGCUCCAAAAUUAAAAAGAGCUUCAAAGAGCUGUUGGGCAGAGCGGCCGGCUGUGAUGCUCAGAAAUUAAUCCCCACCGGGGACUGGAAAGAUGGAGCUGUUCCCAGAAUUCACGGUUAUCUCCCUGGGAAUGUCCAUCUUCUUCUUAGGACCCCCGGAGCGAAGAGCCUCAGGAUCUGGAAUUUACUGUGAAAGAGACAACAUGCUCAGCUGCUGAGCUGCUGACUGCGGCCAACUGUGACUUCAAGGAAGAUGGGGUAAGCAGCCCCACGUAUUUCCCCUAUAGCUGUUGUUGUUUGUUGUUUAGUCGUUUAGUCCUGUCCGACUCUUCGUGACCCCAUGGACCACAGCACGCCAGGCACUCCUGUCCUUCCACUGCCUCCCGCAGUUUGGUCAGACUCAUGUUUGUAGCUUCGAGAACACUGUCCCACCAUCUCGUCCUCUGUCGUCCCAUUCUCCUUGUGCCCUCCAUCUUUCCCAACAUCAGGGUCUUUUCCAGGGAGUCUUCUCUUCUCAUGAGGUGGACAAAGUCUUGGAGCCUCAGCUUCAAGAUCUGUCCUUCCAGUGAGCACUCAGGGCUGAUUUCCUUCAGAAUGGAUCGGUUUGAUCUUCUUGGAGUCCAUGGGACUCUCAAGAAUCUCCUCCAGCACCAGAAUUCAAAAGCAUCCAUUCUCCGGCGAUCAGCCUUCUUUAUGGUCCAGCUCUCACUUCCAUACAUCACUACUGGGAAAACCAUAGCUUUUACUAUACGGACCUUUGUUGGCAAGGUGAUGUCUCUGCAAAAAAAAAGCAGAGCAGUUAUUUAUCGACAGGUAAAAAAUAACACUAGUUGCGUCUUUGCAAAGAUUUCAAGUCAGAUUGAAGACACUAUGUUCUGUAUAUAUUAUUGUAUGAAUCUUCUUGGGGUAGCCCCCCCGCUUCUCAAUUUAAGAAAUUUUAAUAAAGCCCAACAAACUGUUUUAAAAUUAGGUGGUUCCUGCCUCAUGUAAACAAGUAGGUCACACACAGGGUAGUUUCAUAUGUAGCUCCUGUGAGAAAGUUAUGAAUCAGAGACUUUGAAGGGAUCCCGAGGGUCAUCUAUUCCAACCCCCUACAAUGCAAGAAUCUGAACUUGAUCCUGCAUUUUUUAGGUGAAAGUGUACAUUAAGAGAAGCCUGGAGAAGAGGAGGUUAAGGGGUGAUAUGAUAGCCAUGUUCAAAUCUAUAAAAGGAUGUCACAUAGAGGAGGGAGAAAGGUUGUUUUCUGCUGCUCCAGAGAAGCGGACACGGAGCAAUGGAUCCAAACUACAAGAAAGAAGAUUCCACCUAAACAUUAGGAAGAACUUCCUGACAGUAAGAGCUGUUCGACAGUGGAAUUUGCUGCCAAGGAGUGUGGUGGAGUCUCUUUCUUUGGAGGUCUUUAAGCAGAGGCUUGACAACCAUAUGUCAGGAGUGCUCUGAUGGUGUUUCCUGCUUGGCAGAGGGUUGGACUCGAUGGCCCUUGUGGUCUCUUCCAACUCUAUGAUUCUAUGAUUCUAUUCUAAGAGUGCACACGUUCACAGAAAUAAUAUAUUAAAAAUGUAUAUAUUAGGCCAAAUUGCUUGCAAAAAUUGCACUAAAACAUUGACUUAAAAAACGCUCAAACUGAUGCUGAAAUAUUGGGAAUUAUUAUUUUUUUAUUUUACAUUUUUUAUUGAAAAAUAAAAAGUACAAAAAUACAACUGCACAGAGCAUGAUAAGACACAAAAAAGGAGAUACAGUACCCAUGUAGAAAACAAAACAGAACAACAACAAGAAGAAGAAGAUAUUGAACGAUAUUUGAAAUUACAGUAAUGAUAUUUGGAGUUCAUUUUGAUAAAUAUCAUAUUAGGUUUUAACGAUAUUUGAAAUUAAUGAUAUUUGGAGUUCGUUUUGAUAAAUAUCAUAUUAUGUUUUAACGAUAUUUGAAAUUAAUGAUAUUUGGAGUUCAUUUUGUUAAAUAUCAUAUUAUGUUAAGGUCCAGUUCAUUCCAAUAAUCAUUUGUAAUGUACACAAUGCCAAGAAUGAACCGUAAAACUGGAAAAAUGGGAAAACUGAGAUAAACUGAAAUUGACAGCUCCACCCAUCCCUACUGAGCGCCUGAGGGGAUUUGCAGAUGGGUGGCGGCAAAAGCUGGCCAGCUGACCUGAACAGAGCGACUUCUUGUGUCGUAAUAGUCAGAAAACACACACACACAAUGGCAAGAAGAUAAAUCAAAGCAAGCUGUUGCUGUUGAUCUGCAGAUGGAGCCCAUGCUAAGGGCACAGAACAAGGGGCUGGCAGAAAGUUGGCAACCCUUAGGCAUUGGUUUGCCGGUCGACGGCAGUAUCCUCAAGGCAGGGAGCCAGAUUCACAGAAUUGUAGAGAUGGAAGGGACCCGAGGGUCAUCUAGUCCAACCCCGUGCAAUGCAGCUGCUGUUGACUUCCUUUCCGAAUUGUCCUUAGCUCUCAGCUGCCCUUUGGCUUACGAGGGAUAGGCAGAUGGGGACUGUGUUUUCUCCUUUCUCCACUCAAGGCAAGCUAAACAGCCAUUUUGUCGUUCUAUUAUUAUUAUUAUUAUUAUUAUUAUUAUUAUUAUUAUUAUUUGAAUUUAUUGAAUUUCCGCAGGUGGUGAAGGAGUGUUCUGCGACAUUCUCCAUCCAGCAGCAGAUUCCUGUUCAGCUCAGUUGUGACACCGUGGGUCAGAAGGAGGCAAGUUUACCUCAGGAGUAAAUGUGGGGUUGAUUUUCUCUCCUAAGUGCCCAGAGGCGCAAAACCGGAAAUUUAGCACAUGGAUGAAAAACCUUAGAUCUUAAUAAUAAUAAUAAUAAUAAUAAUAAUAAUAAUAUUUUAUUUAUAUCCUGCCCUCCUCCCCAGCCGAAGCCGGGCUCAGAGCGGCUAACAACAGUAAAAGUAACACAGUUUACAUAAAAUCACAAUCAAUUAAUUGAAAUACAUUCUAAAAUCAAUUCAUUCUAAAAUCAAUUCAGAAUCAAAUUAAUGGCAACCAUUGGGCUAGAGUUCUAGGAGGAUUAUUCAUGGAUGUCAAUAGGCAACACAAUACUGGGAAAGCCUUCUUUGCCAACCUGUCUCCCAUAUAUAUUUUAGACUACAACUCCCAUCGGCGCCAGUCACUGCAUGAUGGGAGUUGUAGUCCAACACCUGGCAGGCCUCAGGUUAGCGAAACCCGUCUUGCAGUGUAGCAGAGAUGGACAAGGCUUGUUUCACAACAGGGACGAGAGCCAGGGCACUCUUUGCCGUUCCUCCACGUGCCACAUAAAUAAGAUUUUCUCAGAGGAGAAACCCGCCCAGUACACUUGAAGCAGAGGAAGAGAGGUUGGUGGCGUUGGCAUGCGUGACUAAGGUCAAAACGGCCACUUUGAUUUUGAAAUAUUCUCCAGGCUCUGGUACCUAUUUAUCUACUUGCACUUUGACGUGCUUUCGAACUGUUAGGUUGGCAGGAGCUGGGACCGAGCAAUGGGAGCUCACCCCGUCGCGGAGAUUCGAACCGCCGACUUUCUGAUCGGCAAGCCCUAGGCUCUGUGGCUUAACCAACAGUGCUACCCACGUCCCGCUUUGAGAACUAAUAAUAAUAAUUUGAAUUUAUACCCCGCCCAUCUGGCUGAAUUUCCACAGCCACUCUGGGCAGCUCCCAAUCUAAUGUUAGAAACAAUACAGCAUCAAACAUUAAAAACUUCCCUAAACAGGGCUGCCUUCAGAUGUCUUCUAAAUAUCAGGUAGUUGUUUUUCUCUUGACAUCUGGUGGGAGGGCGUUCCACAGGGCGGGCGCCACCACCGAGAAGGCCCUCUGUCUGGUCCCCUGUAACUUCACUUCUCGCAAUGAGGGAACCACCAGAAGGCCCUUGGCACUGGACCUCAGUGUCCGGGCAGAACGAUGGGGGUGGAGACGCUCCUUCAGAUAUACUGGGCCAACGCCGUUUAGGACUUUAAAUGUCAGCACCAACACUUUGAAUUGUGCUUGGAAACGUACUGGGAGCCAAUGCAGAUCUCUGGACCAAUAAUAACAACUUAUAAUAUAUACCAAGGUACCACUGUACUAACUCUGCUUUUCUUCUCCCUCUAGCGGAUUCGUGCCAGGAGGGGUGUGAUUCGUAAUUUCAUAAAGAAAGUAAAGAAGAAGUUCAGGAAGCAUCGGCCUGGAAGUUUCUCUGUGAUUGCCCACGCGGGAGGUUGGCGACACCAUGGACGGAUAGCGUGAGAAGAUGGAGACGUUGCCGCCCAAGGGAGAAGACUCCAUUGUUGCUAUGGGUGUUUUAACAGAGCCUGACAAAGACUUUCCCGCUUUAGGAACGACGCAAGGCAGGAUCCGGCCGCUUGCCUGCAAAGCAGUUUCUUCUGCUGGAUGCUGAGGAGCCCUUUCAGACCCUGCUUUCGAUUUCCCGCCUGCUUCAGAAUAAAUUAUUCCCGCCUAAUAUGUUCAGAAUAAAUUACAGUGGUGCCCCACAAGACGAACGCCUCGCAAGACAAAAAACUCGCAAGACAAAAGGUUUUUUCGUUUUCGAGUUGCUUCGCAAGACGAAUUUCCCUAUGGGCUUGCUUCGCAAGACGAAAAACGAAAAUGUCUUGCAAGUUUGUUUCCUUUUUCUUAACACCGUUAAUACAGUUGCGACUUGACUUUGAGGAGCAACUCAUAGAACGCGGUAUGGUAGCCUUUUUUGAGGUUUUUGAUGACUUUGGUGAUUUUUGAAGCUUUUCCAAAACUUCUUUUAAACUUUUAAAACUUUUUUGGGGGUUUUUGGAUUUUGGGUUGGGGUGUUUGGAAUUCAAGGACUUGGUGUUGGGGAGGGGUUUGCAAGAAUCUGGAAGCUUGGUUUUUUUCCUGCAUUUUUAUGAUUUUCUGUGACCAUUGGGCCACUCUGCUGUUUUUUAAAAAAAUUUCUGGAUAUGAAUUUCUGUGUGGUGGGUGGCUGGGGGAACAGUUGAGGAGGGGUUUGCAAGAAUCUGGAAGCUUGUGGGGUUUUUUCUGCAUUUUUAUGAUUUUCUGUGACCAUUGGGCCACUCUGCUGUUUUUUUUUAAAAAAAAUCUGGAUUUGAAUUUCUGUGUGGUGGGUGGCUGGGGGAACAGUUGAGGAGGGGGUUCUUCAGCAAGAAGCAAAGAGUGGAAGAGGAACCUUCUUCGAGUUGUCCCCCAGAGUCUUAGAAAAUGUACUGUACACUUUGUUGAUUUUUAAAUGUUUUUCUGUCAUGUUUAGAAACUUAAUUUAUUGUUCCUUCAGUUUUUGAAAUGCUCUUUACAGUAUGUGUGACUUUAAAGAGCACUUAAUAAACUCUUGUUGUACCAAAUUUGGCUUUGUUUGGACUUUUUUGACCAUAGGAACGCAUUAAUUGAAUUUCAAUGCAUUCCUAUGGGAUUUCGUGCUUCGCAAGACGAAAAAUUCGCUAGACGAAAAAACUCGCGGAACGAAUUAAUUUCGUCUUGCGAGGCACCACUGUAUUGCACUGUUUGAAUCCUGUUGUUCUUCCUCGCUACUCAUUUUCACGAGAGCAGGCCUGUCUUUUGCAAAAAAGAAUAUAUAUAUCACAGAAUCGUAGAGUUGGAAGUCAUCUAGUCCAUAGCUGUCAACGUUUCGUUUUCUUUAAGGGAAAUUCCCUUAUUCCGAAUAGGAUUCCUCACAAGAAAAGGGAAAAGUUGACAGCUAUGAUCUAGUCCAGCCUCCUUGGAAUGGAGGAAUCUCAGCUAAAGCAUCCAUGGCAGUUGGCCGUCCAACCUCUGCUUAAAAAUAGGGUUGCAAUAUUUUCGGAAAUUCACAGACACAGCCCGUUUUCAGCCCUUGUAAGCUGAAAUGUCGCGGAAAACUCACAACCUCCUGAAGAACUCUGUUCCACCAUUGAACUGCUGUUACUAUCAGAAAGUUCUUCCUGGCGUUGAGUCGGAAUCUCCUUCCUUGUAAUUUGAAGCCAUGGGUUCGAGUCCUACCCUCCAGAACAGGAGAAAACAAGCUUGUUCCCUCUUCCAUGUGACAUCCCUUAAGAUAUUUGAAGAUGGCCUAUUAAACAAUUUUGGAAUGAAAUAUAUGAAGAAGUCAAAAAGAUGUUUAAAAUAUAUUUUAGUAAAAAACCCGGAGGCAUAAUCACAAUCAAUAUUCCUGACAAUCAAAGGAAAGUAUUCCUCUAUGCGACAACAGCUGCCAGGAUGCUCAUAGCAAAAAAUUGGAAAGGGAGAAAAAUUCCAUAAAUGAAAGAAUGGCAAAUUAAAUUUUGUGACUAUAUAAAUCUGGCAAGAGUCACAGCAUUCAUAAGGGGACAAUCAGACCAAAAAUUAUUGAAAGAAUGGGGAUGUGCUAAAGAGUAUAUGAAAAAACAUUGUUCUGGAGUAAGCAUAUCGGUAUGUAAUGAAUGAUGCUUUGCAGGGUUAAAGAAAGAGAAAAUGGUGCAAAAAGUAUAAAGAUAGAGGUAAUCUACAUUAGACACAACAAUUUAGAAAGAGUAAAAAUUUCGAGGUCUUAGAACAAAGGAAGGAAGUCAAUAUGUGAAUAUGUAUGUAAUGACUAGAUUAGAAUGAUGAUAUCGUUUUAUUUGUAGAUGUGAGUUUUUGUGUGUUUUUUUUUUUUUUGUGGUUUUUGGGACUGUUUGUACUCGUUUUAUUUUGGAUUCAAUGUUUGUAAUUUUUGUAAUUUUGCACUG